AUGGUGACAAGGACAAAAAAAGUUUUCGUGGGUGGUCUUUCUGCUCCAACUACACUUGACGACGUUAAAAACUAUUUCCAACAGUUUGGUAAGGUUGAAGACGCCAUGCUCAUGUUUGAUAAACAGACCAAUAGGCAUAGAGGUUUCGGUUUUGUUACUUUCGAGAACGAGGACGUCGUGGACAAAGUGUGUGAAAUACAUUUUCACGAAAUCAACAGCAAAAUGGUCGAGUGCAAGAAAGCCCAGCCCAAAGAGGUCAUGAUGCCUAACAGCACUGCUCGUGGUAGGCUAAUAGGCUUAUGA